GUCAGAAAUUUAUCAUCCAUUGCUUCUUAUGAUGCACCCUACCCCAUGCAAUCAUAACUACACUCUAAAACCCAAAAUCCCUUCUACCUCACUUAAACCCUACAUUCGCACUCCGUCACUAACUAGUUCACAAAAUGUCCGAAACGUCACCGGAACUCCCAAUCCUCCGCGGGUACGAGCUGCGUCUCCUCCGCUGCACCCUCCAGUCCCCGGCGUCCGAUCCCUCACCUCAUCCCCAACCGUCCGAUCAUGCCCACCCCACCCACCACCUCCACCCUCUAAUCAACGACCUCUUAACUUCCAUCGAGUCGGGCCACUACCUCCAAGCCCUCACCUCCCCCGACGUAAAGCGCGUCGUUUUCAAACUCGCCGAGUCUGACUCGUUCGGAGACUCGGCGGAGUGCGCUGACAGAGUGUACUCCGAGUUGCUGGACCGAGUUGAGUCGUUUAUAUCCAAGGAAUGCGAAGAAGAAGAGAAUGAUAGUGGCAAGGACAAGGCCUACAGAGUCAUCGUGGUUCUGUGCAUUGCCGUGGCUGCCUUGUUCGGUUUUGCUCAAUGUAACUUGACUGGACCGUUGGAGGGGUUGCCAAAGUGUCCUCUGCCACUGGAAGUGCCUCAAUGUGAUGAGUGGGAGAAUUGGGCGCGUAAUCAGCUUAUGGCUGCUGGGUCUGACUUGCUUGGAAAGUUAUCCAAUAUUCAGUAUAUAGUUUAUGCGAAGAUGCUGGCCAUGAAGAUGAAAGAUUUGUUAUUUGACAGAAGUGUGCCUUGUACGUAUGGAAUUAGGAGCAUUUCAUGGUGGCUCAUUAGGAUCACCCUUCUCCAUCAAAGAGUUCUUGAUGACCGGUCUUCUUCUCUGUUCAAUCUUUUGCAAGUCUUUACGAGUGAAACUUUGAAUCAUUUUGGCACUUUGGAGAAAGUAACAACUUAUUGGGGUAACAAUUUACGUAAUGGUGAGGGUUCGUCACUUGUCUCAAUGAUUUAUCUGGAAGCUGGAAUAAUGGAAUACACCUAUGCAAGAGUUGAUUCAUGCAGGCUACAUUUUGAAUCAGCUGAAGCAGCAGCUGGUCUUCAGCUUUCUGUUACAGGUGUUCUUGGAUUCCGUACUGUACAUCAGGUAGAACCAAAGGCACAAAUGGUACUUUUAGCAAACCCAACUUCUUCGAACAGUAGUGGUAGCUGCUUCGCAGAAAGCCCUGGCUCCCAGACAAACAAUUCUAGCAUUGGCAAUCUGCAUCCAUCUGAAACCUAUGAGGCCUCUGACAUAUUAAUGACCCCAAAAUUGUUAGGGAAUGAUAGCAAUUCUGGAAUUCUUUCAGAAGGCAUUCGCGGUGGUACUGCUGCUGUUCCUUUGAGUGCAGUCCAUCAGGCAGUGAUCCUGGCUAAAUGCCUUCUAAUUGAGAAGGGUACACGACAUGAUGAAAUGCAAAGAUGGGAAAUGGCUCCUUACAUAGAGGCAAUUAAUUCUCAGCAGUCGUCAUACUUUAUUAUACGAUAUUUCUGUGACAUCCUGCGGAUUCGGUGGGAGUCAACGCGUAGUCACACAAAGGAACGUGCACUGAUGAUGAUGGAAAAAUUGGUUCAGGGUAUCUAUGACCCUUCUCCAGGAGUGGCGGAAAGGAUUCUUUUCUGCUAUGGCGUUCAAAUUCCUACCAUUCCUGCCCUGCGGAAGGAAUAUGGUGAACUUUUAGUUGGCUGUGGUCUUAUAGGAGAGGCGGUUAAAACUUUUGAGGAUUUAGAGUUAUGGGAUAAUCUUAUAUUCUGCUACCGCCUAUUGCAGAAGAAAGCAGCAGCUGUUGAACUGAUCAAGACACGACUUUCUGAAACACCCAAUGACCCCAGGUUAUGGUGCUCAUUGGGUGAUGUUACUAAUGAUGAUGCCUGCUUUGAAAAAGCCCUGGAAGUUUCAAAUGAUAGAUCAGCUCGAGCCAAGCGGUCUCUUGCUCGCAGUGCAUACAAUAGAGGGGACUAUGAAAAAUCAAAAACCCUAUGGGAGUCUGCAAUGGCCUUGAAUUCUUUGUAUCCCGAUGGCUGGUUUGCACUUGGGGCUGCUGCGUUGAAGGCUAGGGAUACUGAAAAGGCAUUGGAUGCUUUUACUCGGGCUGUUCAACUUGAUCCUGAAAAUGGGGAGGCAUGGAAUAAUAUUGCUUGUUUGCAUAUGAUAAAAAAGAAGAGUAAAGAAUCCUUCAUUGCAUUUAGAGAAGCUCUGAAAUUCAAACGAAACAGCUGGCAACUGUGGGAGAACUACAGCCAUGUUGCCGUAGAUGUUGGCAAUGUUGGUCAGGGUCUAGAAGCUGCAAGGAUGGUGUUGGAUAUUACUAAUAAUAAAAGAAUUGAUGCUGAAUUAUUGGAAAGAAUUGUGGCUGAAGUCGAAAUAAGGGCUUCACAUACGACUCCAGAUAUGACGGAUGAAGAUAACUGUUCCACUGAGGUGGGAAAAUCUCGGGAAACUGAGCACUUAGUAGAGUUCCUUGGAAAAGUUCUACAGCAGAUAGUUCGAAGUGGAAAUGGAGCAGAUAUUUGGGGUUUGUAUGCAAGGUGGCACAAAAUGAAAGGAGACCUUACAAUGUGCUCUGAAGCUUUAUUAAAGCAAGUUAGAUCAUACCAGGGAUCUGAUUUGUGGAAAGAUAGAGAUCGGUUUAAGAAGUUUGCUCAAUCAUCCUUGGAACUCUGUAAGGUGUAUAUGGAAAUUUCUGCAUCUACUGGUAGCCGUCGUGAACUGCUUACAGCAGAGAUGCACCUAAAGAACACAAUUAAACAGGCUGUGAGUUUCUCAGACAUGGAAGAACUUCAGGAUCUUAAAGCUUGCCUUCAUCAAGUGAAGUCAAAACUCGAAUCCGAUUCCCUAUGUGUUUAGAACUUCAUUUGGUGUUUGCCUAAUUAGAAUUUUCAGUACAGUUUCAUACAAGGUUAGUCCUGCUCUUACAUAUCUUGGUUCAUAUAAUUCAGAGAGAGGGAUUGGGGUUGGGAGGAAUUAAAGGAGGAAGGUGUAGGUUGCGGCAAUGAAGGAAGGGGAGGGUUGUGGAUGAAUUUCCGAAUUUACCCUCACUUUUGACAGAAAAUUUAACAGAGUUUGACAGAAGGACCAAUGAUGUAACACGCCACCAAAUUGGGCGACCUCUGUAACUAUUUUUGGAGUUGAGUAACCAAAAUGUAACUUCGAGUAUAGUUGAGGGACCAUUGCUACAAUUAAGCCUUUUCUAAAACCUACUUAAAACUGUGUAGUAUAGCUGUUUUGGUUGAUGUUUUGGGUACCUAAUGAUGACUUUUUUGACGUAUUAAACUCUUGGCUAGAAGAUAUCUAUUGCUUCUCGUAUUGUUAUUGCCUAAUGAGUCUUUGAACAAAGUGUGAAGUUACACACUCGGUGCAUAGGCAAACAUAUGAGGCUUUGCCUUUUAACUUUCAGGAGCACGAAGCCAACAAUAACGUAUGCAAUCGGAAUGUGGUGGCUUUUUGCUGGAUGACCGUAAGUUCACAUCCAAUACAGAGUUCAUGAAGAGAUAAUCUUUUUCCUAUUCUGCGUAGAAUUAGUCAACAUAUAUGUUUGAUUAGCCAAAUGUAAAGAACCAGUUCACUCAUUACAGCGAAGAAGUAAAAAGAGAUUGAAACUAGCAGCUAGUUGAAUUUGCUUGUAAUUUUUUAAGUCUAAAUUCACCUUAUUUUAUAAAAGUCUAAGGGUCAGUCUGGCAUUGUUGUGAUGUGAAAAUAAUCGUUGUCAGAUUUGUUGUGAGAUAAAUCAGCUGUGAGAGAAAGUAGUUUGACGUUUGGUAAACUUUUUGUUAAAAGUGUUGUUGGUAUUGAUUCCUGCAUAAUCAGAAAAUGAUUCUCGUAUAAUCAUUAAAUUCAAUGUCUCUUUGAAAUUGA